CAAAAUUUUUCUUCAGACUUAAGAGUGGGAGCAUGGAUAUCCGAUUUUUCAGAUAUCCUUUCUCAGUGGAAAAUGGAAGUCACCUGGAAUGUAUUCUUGGCCCAAAGUACUACAAAGAAAAGAAAGAGGUUCCUGUUCCAGAUCAUCUGGCUGACCAUAUGAACCCCAGGAAGAGACUCUGUGUUAUGGACACAAAGAAAAGUGGUUGCCCAGCUACAUUCUCUGUUAAAUGUAUCCGGGUAUAUCCUGGAUACUCAAUUGAGUCAGAGGGGGCUCAUCCUACUAUUAAGAAAAAGGUAUGGAGUUAAUGAAGAAUCCACAGGGCUUUAAUCAAUAGAAAAAGUGCUAAAGUGACUGGAAACAUAUAAAUGUUAUAAUUAUCAACAGAAAUGAAACUUUUUUUAACUUAUUGAGAAGCAGACCAGAUCAUAUACCCCCUCUUGAUCUUUCAGGAAUGUGCUGCUUCUUUUGUGAUUUCUGCUGGUAUCCUGUAAGCCAUGUGUUGCAGUGCUAGAUUUUGUACUGUAACUGCUUUACGUGCCAAUUUGUGAAAUCCCCAUUCUGAGAAAUGGAAAAUGGCACAGAAGUUCUUGCAUGGAUAGUUGAACUUUCGAUAAUCUGAAUGAGAUCAGGUUUUUCAAAGUUUACCAUACAAUGAGUCUUCAGUUCCUGCACAUUUUACAUGAAACAAUCCUGUAGUUACCAUCAUUACUGAUACUGCACUAAAAUCAACAGAAUUUAAUUUAAAAUGCUUUUCGAUAAGACCUGGGAGGUAACUAUGGACUAAAACUGUAAUAAAACCUGUUAAUGUUACAUUUGUACUUUGCUGAAGGUGUGAGUAUUUCACCAACCUGUUCAUUUCUUCAGCACCAUUUGUUGUGCUUAUACUGGCAAACAUGUCUGUGUACUUAAAAGCUUUUACCCAUCUAUAAUGCCCUGGAUCCCACAGUUUUUCAAAGUAAUGUAAUACAGACUCCUUCCCUUCAAAAACACUAUGAAUUCUCGUUUUUCCUAAAUUAACUGCCCUCCACAGUUUAACAAUUAUGUCUUUCUUGUUGUUUCGCAUGUUUUCAUAACCACAUCCUUCAAGCCAGCCAGCCCCCCCCCCCCCCCCUCCCCCAGGGGGCCUGCAGCACUUUUGUGGGCACAUGUGUGGUGUCCUUUUAUCUAUUAAACUAACCAACCUCCUUGUGAAAUAAACAUAGAUACACUUUAAAGCAGGGAAGUACUCUCUGAGUUGCAUUUAUGUCGAACUCUGAGAAAUUGGUAACCCAGUAUGCAGGAUUUAUGUCUGUAUUCUAUUCCUUGUAAACAUAUUUAGUGCUUUACAAAAUUAUCUUGUGUCUUCUACCUGAAGAUAAAAAUCCUACCUCUAAAUAGCACGCUUUUGCUUUCACUGUUAUAAAGAACAGUGGAAUGCCCUACUUUGUGGCUUCGUCACAUCAAGCAGGCAUACUGUUCCAUACUUAGUAGUUCAAUUUGCCAUCUAUUCUGGUAGCACAAGAGGAGUAGCUGUACCUCUCCAUCUACAUCUGCACAAGGUUGGAAAUAGUCACCUGUUAAUUCUCUUCCACUCAUUGAUCUAAUUUUGCAGAGCAUUGUAAUCAUUUGUAGUUCUUUUAGUUGCUUGUUAUACAGGAAUAAAAAUGGUCCAAGGAGUAAGACAUGUAGUUUUAAUGUGAUCUGGUCUGACUUUUUCAGCCAUGGAUUUGCUUUGCAGAUCUAAAAAAGAAUUGUACAUGCUGAGGAAGGAAUUAUGUUAGUAUUAAGACACUGUGAAAGCUCAAUUGUUAUCAAAUUGGUGUUGUUAUAGGACAUGGGUGACAAUGAAAAUCAGUGGCUGCCUACAGCCUAAUCCAAUGACUUGUCAUUGCGUUACUGAAAACUCUAAAAGAAAAGUGAAGUACCAAACAUGCAAAACAUCUUCAGUUCUUUUUCGCUGUACUCCAUAAAACAUGAGUUCGUUUAUUCCAUGCAAAAAUCAAAUAAUUAACAAACAUGUGGGUGAGACUGUUCAAAUGUGCUGUGAUAACCAGUGUAGACUGUGUUCAUUUGUCUGCUGUUUGUUCUGGUAUGACACUCUUAUCAUUAACUGUUCCUUUCAGCCAUGUGAUUGCUUUGUGCACACCUUUUUAUGCUAUUUUCCUUGAAAUGCAUCUGUAGCAUCACACUUUUACACGAUUGUUAUGUUAUACAGAAGUAAGCAAUAUAGUUAUAUGUUGAAGGGCUUUGUGCUCUUUAUCGAAAUGUGUUGCCUUGUGCUGGGUAAUAUGCUGAACUGCUCAAUAAUUGUUGAAAUGCCUGGACAUGUAAUUAUCAUUGUUACUGUGUUCAGAUGUAUUGUCACAUACAAUUAAGGAGAAACUGAAUAAAAAAUAAAGAUUU